GGGCUUCACAUUGAGCGAGAUGUGGAGAAGCGGUGGAUGCGAGUGCAUCAAAAGAAGUACUUGGAGGCCUUGGCUGCAAACUUUGGAAAGAGUGAAGACGCUGGAAGUUAUAGCAGUAGCUUGAGUGUCGUUCUUUUAACUUCCCAGGCAAAUACAGCUUCAAAAGCGUCCUCCAAACGUUAGAGCGUAGUAGGCCGAUCUAUGACCCUCGCGCGUCGUUUGCCGAUUCGUUCAAACGUAAAAACACCUAAACGCGACCUAGCGGAAGCUCGAGCUCUGUGGAAUAACUUUCGGCGCGACUCGCGGCGAUUUAGUAAACCUAAAAGACGUAAGAAAUAAGAGUAUCUCUGCGGAAUGCCGUCCAAAGAGCCGGCAACUUCUCACCCUGCCGGAAUUCCAGCGCCAGCGCCGUCAGCACAAACAGCGCAGCCCGCGGCAGAACGGCGGCAGAAGUGCGUCAGCACAACCAGCGCCGUCAGCAUCACCAGCGCCGCCGGCUCCUUCAUCAGAACCUCCAGACGGCCACCGUCACCACCGUCAUCGAUCAGUCAACGUCAAGGGCUUGGACGCCGGUUAAAUCCUCUGAAAAGCCUUACAAAGUCUCUGAAAGCCUUACAAAGCCUCUAAAAGCCUUACCAAGCCUCUGAAAGCCUUUCAAAUCCUCUGAAUUUCAAAGCCCCUGAAAGCCUUACAAAGCCUUCUGAAAGCCUUUCAUAUCCUCUGAAUUUCAAAGCCCCUGAAAGCCUUACAAAGCCUCUGAAAGCCUUUCAUAUCCUCUGAAUUUCAAAGCCCCUGAAAGCCUUACAAAGCCUCUGAAAGCCUCUGAGAGCCGCUGAAAGCAUUCGGAAGGAUUUGACGGCGCUGACGAUGCUUGGACGGUCACCUUCCAACUUGAUGAGAACAGCGAGACGAGACGGAGGCUUGGUUUGCUGCCAGUGAGGUGAAGCUGGCUCUGGACGCUGGAGGAGUGCGCCAAGUGGGGGGUUGAGGCUUGGACGGUCGCUGUUUAACAAUCAGUAGGCGAGGCGGGGACUUGGUUUGUUGCCAAGGCGAAGCUGGUUCUGGACGCUGGAUUGAGGGUUCAAGUGGCAAGUUCAAAGCUCACCUGACACCAAGCUGUUCAUACCAACUCUAUCAUGGAGUUCGAUUUGAACUCCGGGUUGAGCCCCGAGAACGCGCCCUCGGACGGCGGGGAAGAGCGGCCGCAUCAUCUGCCGCUUUCAGACUCAGGCGACAGGCGAAGGGACGUCUCUCAAGCUGCACUAUUAGGUGCGGUUUCUGAUGGUAACUUCCUUUCGCUGAAUUUCGCCUGCUUCGAGGAGGAGCAGAAGCAGCAGCAGCAGGAGCAGGAGCAGGAGCAGAAGCAGAAGCCUCAGAAGCAACAGCAGCCGCAGCAGCAGCAGCACCAGCAGGAGAACGAAGCCGCUGCCACUGCCACUGCUGCCAUUACCGCGUCGUCGCCGCACUUCUCUCUAAACCCCUCCGCCGCCGCAGCUACAGCCACAGCUGCUGCCACCUCUACCAGUGCUGCCUUUUUGCAGGCUCCGCCCGCUGUCGCCGCCGCAGCCACAGCCACAGCCGUUGCCACCGCAGGCGGCGCAGGCACGGCUCCCCCUGGGACGGCUGCUGUGAGCUUCUUCUUCCAGAGGCCGCCACCCUUUCUCCCCUUCGCAGCACUCACCGAAUCUUCUGCCGCUGCUGCUGCUUCUGCUGCUGCUGCUGCGUCUGCUGUCACUGCUGCUUCUGCUGCCGCUGCUGCAACGCUGGUAGAACGCGACCAGCAGCAGCAGCAGCGAAGCUCACUUAAUCUAUUCACGGAUCUGCCUGUACCGGAGCGGAUGGGCUGGCUCUCCUCCUCGUCGUCCCUCUCCACCAUCCACACAGUGAUGACGUCAGCAGCCUCUUUAAUCCCUUCCCCUAGAGUCAUUCCUUCCCCUACCCUCCCUUCCCCUGGGGUUAUCCCUUCUCCCAGGGGAAUGAGAACAGUUUCUAAACCCUUAACAAGCCCCCCCCCUCCCGCCCCUCCUCCUCCCCGCCUUCCUCCUCCGCCUCCUCCUCCUCCUCGCGAUGAAUCCUCUCUUCUUGACUCGCCUAACAUGGCCGCGUCAUCACCCCUCCUUGCCACGUCAGCGGCCGGCACCAGGUGGCAAACGGCAGAGGAGGCAGCAACAGCAGCGGUUUCUCUGGGCGGAGAGGCCUCGGCGGGCAUUGGCGUCGGCCGGCAUCGCUUGGAAACGCUAUCACUGCUGCCGCCCAGAUCUCCACGAGAUCAUGUGGCCCAUGGUGCGGCUGCUGCAGUUAGUCCCCCUCUACAAGCAGGUUCGUUACAGUCACAGUCACCAGGCAUACUGUUAGAGUCACAUUCUGUGCAGGAUUCAGUCCCCAUGACGUCUCCUUCAUCACGACUGCUUGAUCUGUUUGGAAUCCGGUCAGGGGAUGACAGACAACGGGCAGGAGAAGAAAAAACGAGGUCAGGGGAGGAGGGGUCAAGACCAGGGGAAAAAAGAAGAAGGGUAGGGGAAGGAAGGAGACAAGAGAGGGAGGAAAGUCCUAGGCCAAGGGAAGGAAGCAGAAUGACAAGAGAAGAUGGAGAGGAAACGGAUGAGUCUGAGUGGAAAGCUGGAGGGAGGGUGGAUGAGGGGAGAACAGCGGUGACAGGGGUGGGGCCAGGUAUGGAGUCAGGCAUGGGGAGAGGCAUGGAGGCAGGCAUGGAGUCGGGCAUGGGAAGAGACAUGGGGGCAAGCAUGGGGACAUGCGUGGGGAGAGGCAUGGGGACAGGCAUGGGAACAGGCAUGGGGAGAGGCAUGGGAACAGGCAUGGAAACGGAGAUGCCAGGAAUAAAAAGCAGAAGCGUUGGCAUGAGAGGGUUGCAAGGGGCAGCAGAGAGGAAGGCUCAUGCUGCAACAGCUGCUGCUGCUAAUAGGGGUUCUUUCUUGCAGCAACAACUGUUGCUGCUGCAGCAACUGAGACUCCAGCAAGAGGAGCAGCAGGCGCAGCAGUCAGAGCUGCGGCAGAAGAAGAUUCACCAGCAGCCGCAGCCGCAGCCGCAGCCGCAGCCGCAGCAGCAGCAGCAAUCACAACAGCAGCACCAGCAGCCGCAGCCACAGCAGCAGCAGCAGCACGAGCAGCAGCACCUUCAGCAGCAGCCGCGCGGAUUUCUCCCUGGUUCUCUCAUUGGAGCCCUCGACUCACCGGGAUUGCAUCAGUCCUCCUUGUUGGCUCUGCAAGAGAUGCAGCAGCAAGCCUUGCAGCAGCAGCAGCAGCAGCAGCAGCAGCAGCAGCAGCAGGGCGCUGAACGGCAAGCCCUGGUGCAGAAAGAGCAGCAAGAGAGCCAAUGGCAGGAUCUGCAGCGACUGAGGCGGCAAGAGAUGCAGCAGCGGACCAGUCAGCCGGAUGCUGAGCAGCAAACCUUGCUGCGGCAGCAGGGGAGUCAACAAUGGCAGGAGAUGCAGCGACUGAGGCGGCAAGAGAUGCAGCAGCUGGAGGAGCAUCUGCGGGAGCAACAGGAGGGGUACUUACUACAAGAGCAGCAGCUGAGUCAACUGCAGGGUAUUCAUCAGCAGCAGCAGUUGCAACGGCUGCUGUUUCGGCAGCGGGUACUGGAGCAGCAAGCGAAACAGAGGCACGAGGAGCAAGCAGCACAGCAACAGACGCAGCAGCAAGCACAGCAGCAAACACAGCAGCAAGCACAGCAGCAAGCACAGCAGCAGGCAGCAGAACAGCAGGCACAGUUACAGACACAACUACAGACACAGUUACAGGCACAGUUACAGGCACAGUUACAGGCACAGUUACAGGCACAAUUACAGGCACAAUUUCAAGCACUACAGGCACAGCCAACAGAGCAGCAGCAAGGGACCCACACUGUCUUGAGUGAUAGAAUGCAGGCCCUAUUGUCCUCAUCGCGACAAGCACCAGGUGCCUAUCCAGCAGCGAAUUCUGCAGCAGCCGCCGCUGCCGCCGCCGCCGCUGCUGCUGCUGCUGGAACGGCUGGUGCUGGUGGUGCUGCAGGUGCCGCUGGUGGUGGUACAGCACGCGGGUUUGCAUCAGGAUCACUCUUCGGUUCGGGUUCAGAAUUGAUAUCUUCAGCAUUGAUAUCUCCAGCAUUGAUAUCUUCAGCAGCAAACGAGGAUGUUCAGUUGCGCCAGUCCGUUUCAACUCCCGUGUUAACUCCACCCGUUACAGUUUCGUCUAGCACCGGUUUCAGCGCCCCGUCAUCAGCUCCCCCAGAGACUCGAUCUCAGCUUCAGCUGGGCCCACUUCCUGAUAUGCGGGGGCAGAGGCCGGGCGGGUAUUCUUGUCCCAUCUGCGGGAACACGUUCCCCACAUCGCAGGCGCUUGGGGGACACAUGACUUGCCACGUGGCGCGACGCAAGAGGACGUCGCAAAAGGGUGCAGCUGCUGCAGCGGCAGCUGCAGGAAGCAAACGCGGAGGUGGAGGAGGAGGGGGAGGAGGGGGGGGAGGGGGAGGAGGAGGGGAAGGGGGAGGAGGGGGAGGAGGGGGGGGGGGGGGAGGGGGAGAAGGGGAAGGAGGAGGUGGAGAUGGGCUAGGUGAAAGAAGGAGAGGGAGUGGUGGUGGUGGUACGUCAGCAGGUGAAUGUCGCCCCACUCGCUCCUUGCAACCCACGUCAUCCACCCCAUCCAAGCACAAGGCGAAUGCACGCCUCCCAUCCACAUCAGGGGCAAGCACCGGCAGUGCUGCUGCUGCUGCUGCUAGUGCUGAUGCCGGUGCUAGUGCCGGUGCUGCUGCUUCUGCUGCCAGUGCUGGCGCUAGUAUUGGUACGGCCGCUGCUGCCAGUGCUGCUGGCAGUGUUGAGGCCCGAACUCACACAACGGCGAGCUUGCAACGUGGCGCUUCAGCAGGUGCCGCCGAUGCUGCCAGGGACGCCAAAGCCGCUGCAGCCACGUGUGUUGUUUCUCCUCCUGCUGCUGCCGACGCUCCCACUCAUGCUGCUCUGGCUGCUUUCGUUUCUCCCGUCGCUGCUCCUGCUGCUGUGGCUGCUGCUGCUGCUGUGGCUGCUGCUGCUGGUCAUUCCAUAGAGCCUCAACGGCAGGAAAUAGCUGGAGCUUUGGACCAAACCCGGGCCGCAAUCUAAGCCUCAGCCAUGGCCCGAACCUCAGCCACGGUCCGAGUCUCACACACGGGCAACUGGGCUUGCAGUACCUCGGGUCAUUGCCUCGUUACAACACCCUGCCUCGUUACAACACCCUGCCUUCGUUACAACCACCUUCUAUAGCAUCACCUCCAGCUACAGCACAUUCAGUAACACCCCCUUCAAUAACACCCCCUUCAGUAACACCACCACCAACAUCAACCCCCCCUUUUUUAACACCACCUUCAAUAAUACCACAUUCGUUAAUACCACCAUCACUAACACCCCCCUCAACAGCUAUAACGCGCACUGAGAUGGCAAGCCCGCCUGCUACGAACCCGGACCAUGCACACCUGGCCACUGCUCUCCGCACAACAGCCAUGGGCAUUCCCUUACAUCUCAGAACAGCGUACACCAGCAGGGCUUCUUCUGAGGAAGCUUCUAACGCGCUGGGAUUGGUGGCUUGCAGAAAGACGAGCUGACUCUGCUCCUGAGGUCUGCAUCCCAGACCAGGAUUGGAUCUCCCAAUGUCAACUCAGCAAAUGUCAACUCUGCCAAUGUUUAUUCUUCAAACGGCAAGGUGCAAGGGGAAAGGGGGGUGGAUUCUCUAGGCAAGAGGCAGAGGCGGAACUCGUGAUUGGACAGGAGGAGCGUGAGAUCCGGGGGUUUGAACCUACAAGGGAUUGGAGCUGGGUUUGCUCCGAGGAUCUGCAUCACAGACCGGCAUUGGACCUGCUAAUGUCAACUCUUUCACAUGGCAAGGUGCAAGAGGAGGACGAAGUAGGUAUGGGUUCCAAGAGGCAGAGGAGAAAUUCGUGAUUGGUCAGGAGGAGGAGGGUGAUACGUAUGGGGAAUUGGAGACGGGUUUGCUCCUGGGAUCUGCAUCACGGACCGGCAUUGGACCUGCCAAAGUAAACUCUUCAAACGGCAAGGUUACAGAGGAACGAGAGACGGAUUUUUCAGGCAGGAGGCAGUGGCGGAAUGUUGGAGUUAACGAAAAUGACUAGAACAAUGGCAUACAAAGGAAUAAAACCUAGUGGGUUGUAACCUCUAAGGCACAACCCUGUGUAGUCUAAAACAACAUAC